GCGGCGGGCGGCGACGGCGCAGGAGCCGGGGGUUGAGGACACGCGCGCUGGCCCUUCCACGCCGCGGCCGCCGCCGCCGCCGCCACCCAGAGCCAGAGGCGCCGGGGCGCGGGCGAGCGGGUGGGCCGGGGCAGGGCGGGCAUGGCGCGGACCCCGGGCCCGGCCCCGUUGUGUCCUGGAGGCGGCAAAACACAACUUUCCUCGGCUUCUCCUCCCGCGGCCGGGCUGCUGCUGCUGCUGCCGGCCCCGACGCCGCCGCCGCUGCUCCUGCUGCUCAUCCCCCUGCUGCUCUUCUCCCGGCUCUGUGGUGCCUUAGCUGGAUCAAUUAUUGUGGAGCCACAUGUCACGGCAGUGUGGGGAAAGAAUGUUUCGUUGAAAUGUUUAAUUGAAGUGAAUGAAACUAUAACACAGAUUUCAUGGGAGAAGAUACAUGGCAAAAGUACACAGACUGUUGCAGUUCAUCAUCCUCAAUAUGGAUUCUCUGUUCAAGGAGAUUAUCAGGGAAGAGUCUUGUUUAAAAACUACUCACUUAAUGAUGCAACAAUUACUCUGCAUAACAUAGGCUUCUCAGACUCUGGAAAAUACAUAUGCAAAGCUGUUACGUUCCCACUUGGAAAUGCCCAGUCCUCUACAACUGUGACUGUGUUAGUUGAACCUACGGUGAGCCUGAUAAAAGGGCCAGACUCUUUAAUUGAUGGAGGAAAUGAAACAGUAGCAGCCAUUUGUAUAGCAGCCACUGGAAAACCAGUUGCACGUAUUGACUGGGAAGGUGAUCUUGGUGAAAUGGAAUCUACUACAACUUCCUUUCCCAAUGAAACAGCCACGAUUGUCAGCCAGUACAAGCUCUUUCCCACGAGAUUUGCUAGAGGAAGGCGAAUUACUUGUGUUGUCAAACAUCCAGCCUUAGAAAAGGAUGUCCGAUACUCUUUCAUUCUAGACAUCCAAUAUGCUCCUGAAGUUUCAGUUACAGGAUAUGAUGGAAAUUGGUUUGUGGGAAGAAGAGGUGUUAACCUCAAAUGUAAUGCUGAUGCAAAUCCUCCACCCUUCAAGUCCGUAUGGAGCAGGUUGGAUGGACAAUGGCCUGAUGGUUUAUUGGCUUCUGACAAUACUCUUCAUUUUGUCCAUCCACUGAAUUUCAAUUAUUCUGGUGUUUAUGUCUGUAAAGUGACAAAUUCCCUUGGUCAAAGAAGUGAUCAAAAGAUCAUCUACAUUUCAGAUCCUCCUACUACCACCACCCUUCAGCCUACAGUUCAGUGGCAUCCCUCAACUGCUGACAUCGAGGAUCUAGCAACAGAACCUAAAAAAUUACCCUUUCCAUUGUCAACUUUGGCAACAAUUAAGGAUGACACAAUUGGCACCAUCAUUGCUAGUGUAGUGGGUGGGGCUCUCUUCAUAGUGCUUGUGUGUGUUUUGGCUGGAAUAUUCUGCUAUAGGAGACGACGGACGUUUCGUGGAGACUACUUUGCCAAAAACUACAUUCCACCAUCAGACAUGCAAAAAGAAUCGCAAAUCGAUGUUCUUCAACAAGAUGAGCUUGAUUCUUACCCAGACAGUGUAAAAAAAGAGAACAAGAAUCCAGUGAACAAUCUAAUACGUAAAGACUACUUAGAGGAGCCUGAGAAAACACAGUGGAAUAAUGUAGACAAUCUCACUAGGUUUGAAAGACCGAUGGAUUAUUACGAAGAUCUCAAAUUGGGAAUGAAGUUCGUCAGUGAUGAACGCUACGAUGAAAAUGAAGAUGAUUUAGUUUCCCAUGUAGAUGGUUCCGUAAUUUCCAGGAGGGAGUGGUAUGUUUAACAACCACUAAUGUGACUUCACUAUGUACAAUGUUUCAUUCAUACUAGUUGAUCAUUUUCAGAUUGUUCAUACUUUUUCUUGAGGAAGAAUAAGCUUUUCCAAGUUGAUUUCAAGCUUACUUUUUAUAUUCUGAUCUGACAAAUGAAAAUGUAAAAUCUGGGUUCAAUGUAUCUGAGCUGCUUUACAAUUUUUUUCACUGCUGUACUACUGUCUCAAGAUUUAAAUUCUAAUGCAGAGUACUUUAUUGGUCUGAGGCACACAGGUAAGAAGAAAUGUCAACGUUAAAUGUAUGCCGUUUUUGGUACAAAAAUUAAAAACAGAAAAAAAAUGAAACUACCUUGGCAUUGUGUAUUAAAUGUUUACCUAAGACUAUAAUCUCAAGUAUAAUGUCAUGUAACAUGGUACCUCUCAGAGCGUAUCACCACUAGGUGUGCUCCAUCAAAAUUGACAGUAAAUCUAAUUCAGAAAUGCUUAUAUAUUUUUAGUAUACUAAAAUUAUUCAUUCUGAUGGAGUAUCUUUCAUUUUCAAACAUUGUUUUCUAAGUUUCUAUAUUAAUAGAAUCUUUACCUCUGAAUUUUAAUGAGCCUUGCCAUAACUUCUGUAGAGUGGCUUUUCAAAGAUAUUUUUGUUGCACUAAAACCAUGGCCAUAAACUCAGUGAAUAUGAUGUUUGGAAGAGCAUAAUUAGCUGGUCAAUAUUUUUGUCCACAAUACAUGCAAGAGUAAUAAAAUAUAUGCCUCCUAACACAAUAAUUAUUAUUUUUUUUUCAUCUCUGGAAGAAAGUUCUUAAGUUGUUUUGUGAACAUGGUUUUGGUAUAUGAAGCAUUGGCCUUAUUUUAAUGCUUUAUUUGCUAAGUAUAUGAAUAGUGAUGAAAGUAUGGUACACAGAUAAGUACAGAGAGAGUAUUGGAGUAUAUUUGUGUGCCAGAUUUAGACAGGAGCUACUUCAGCUAGGAAUCUACACAAGGAAUUUUCUAGAUAAUCUUGAUUUAGUAUUUAAUGUUGGUGUUGUUCAAACGGGUAACUGUAAAAAACAAUUAAAAUAAACUUUGAAGCUUGAGGUUUAAUUAGAGAAAUUGAAUUAUAGAACCAGUUGUUGAUAACACUUGCCGAUGACUAUUGGUAAUUCAUCCCUUUUCUCUCCAUGUCCUCCUAAAUGUAUGUAUAUGUUUCAAAUUUUUUUGUUUUCAUUUUUGUUUUUUUUUUUCAAAUUAAAACUGGAAACAUAUCAUGAGAA